CUGUGACGGCUGCAAUCAUGGUAAAGACUACUACAGUAUUGGCUAUCGUUGUAUGCGGUCUGGACUCUACUUCCAUAAAGAAUGCGCCAAAUCCGAUCUAGAGAUAUGCUAUGUCUAUCAUCCACAACAUUCUUUGCACCUCAAAAUACUAGCAGAAAAUGAAGAUGUCCAUGGAGAAUGCAAGCUUUGUAGAGGUAAUUUGGCUAAGAUGUAUUACUAUUGUUCAAUAUGUGAUUUUGCCAUUGAUUUAAUAUGCGCAAGAAAAGAAGUUGUGGUAACAAUUGAGGGUCCAAAGACUCACGAGCAUCAUGUAUCCCUUGUUCCAAUGAUUGUUACGUUUACUUGUCAUUUGUGUGGACGGCUUGAUGACCGAUUUCCUUACGCUUGUAACUUAUGUGGAUUGAAUUUUCACAAAGAUUGCGCGGAAUCUACACCAGAGAUCAAUUACUCUUGUCAUCCUAAACACUUGCUCAAGCGUCUCACGCAUGUUCCAAGUUAUACCGAUGGAAAAUGUUGUUUUGUGGAUGUCAACUGUCAAAAGAAUCCACCCGCUUUCACUCUUAUCCACCCUAAGGCUCAUGAGCACUCACUUAUCCUUAUGCCGCAACGAAGUUUUACAUGCAGUGCUUGUGGAAUGGAUGAUGAUCCAAAUCCUUAUGUAUGUCCUCAAUGCAAUUUCAUGAUUCAUCGAAAUUGUAUUGAUAUACCACGCGUUAUAAAGAUUUAUCGUCAUGAUCACCUUAUUCAUUACAAUCAUUGUCUUGAUGUCGGAGAUUGGAAAUGUGGAAUUUGUCAUAAAAAGAUAAAUUGGACAUGUGGGGCAUAUACUUGUUCAGAAUGUCCUGAUAUUGCCUUUCAUUUGAGAUGUGCCACAAGAUUUGGGAUAUGGGAUCGAAUUAAACUUGAAGGCAUAUCCAAAAAUACUUUAGAGACUAAAUCAUACGAGGAGAUAGAAAAGGGAGUAAUAAAGCAUUUUAGUCACGAGGAGCAUACUUUAAAGCUUAAAGAAGAAAGUGACUCUAGUGAUGAAUGCAUGCGGUGUAAAGCAUGCAUUUAUCCUAUAUUUUCUAGUCCAUGUUACCGUUGCAUGGAAUGUGAUGAUUUCAUCCUUCAUGAAAAAUGUGCUUAUCUCCCAAAAAAGAAAAUAGAUUCAUUCUACAAGACAUCGACCACUCUAAUCCCAUCUUUUAGUAUUGACGAAGUAAUCAUUUGCGAUGGUUGUCAAAACCUUUUUCAGGGUUUUAGGUACUUAAGUGAUGAUAAGAAUAUUAUCCUGGAUGUCCGGUGUGGUUCUAUUUCUGAACCUUUCUUCCAUGAAAGUCAUCCUCAUUUGUUAUACAUCAACUACUCAACAAAAGGCCGAUUUUGUAACGCUUGUGGAGAUAAAGCAAAAAUAGUUAUAAGUUGUGAAGAAUGUGAGUUUGUGUUAGACGUUAAAUGCUCAAUUUUACCAAAGACUGUUAAGCACAAAAAUGAUAAAGAUCAUUUUCUAUCUCUAUGUUACGGAGAGAAAAAAAGUCAGCAAUGCUGGUGCGAGAUAUGUGAGGAAACAAUAAAUCUAGAGAAUUGGUUUUAUUCAUGUGAUCAUUGUAGUAUCAAUUUUCACAUCAAAUGCACACUUGGAGACUUCUUAGGGUUUAUACCAGAAAGAGAAACUGAGUCAUCCAUAAUUAAUGUGAUUCUUAAUAAUCGUAUAACUCGACCAGUUUGUGUUGCUUGUAAUUCUCGCUGUAAAUACUCAAACAUCUUGAAAUGUUUUGGGAAAACAUUGUGUUCUCUGCAAUGUUUCCAACAAAAGAUAAAAGAAAUACAUAAUAGUAUUUAA